AUGUACGGUCUUGCUAAUUUCGUCACUGUAUCGCGAACAGCUUGGCCGACGAAAAUCCUCCCUCUACCUCUUACACAAGUCAACGGCCUUGGUCCUGGUCCACGGGAACCCUAUGCCAUGGACGACAAGCCUAACGUGUCCUUCUUUGAAAACCUCCCUGAUGAGGACAAUUGCCCAAUGGGUCCUCCACGUUCCGUUAGUAAGCACAUGUCGCAGACGGCUGCGGCCAGAGGAAGAGCAUCACUAGCUGGUAUCAUUGGAUCCAGGCGGGAAUCCAUGCGGAGCCCUGCAAUUGAUUCACUCCCUUCUCCCGUGCAGACAGGACCGUCGAUGCACGCGUCGGAGUCGGAACUAGAGUCCGCGUCAGACCCAGAGCUAGAGCUAGCGUCGGGAGGAGCAGCCCUCAACAGUGGCUUACCGGCGACCACCGGCCUCCCAAUAAUCACCAGACCAAGGCCUAAUAUCGUAGUAGGAUUAACUCGAGGCGACGAGUUUUGUCCUGCGGUUCUCAAUUUCAUAAACACCCUAUCCGUGGACUACGAAGUCACCGUUGACCCCCAGAAAAGCAUAGGGCCACUACUCAGGGUUUCCGGCCUACGUGCCUAG